AAAGAUAGGCUAUCCCAGACCCUGGUCUCCCGGCGCUCGCCCGCAGUCUAGAUACUACGCAUUCCAGAAGGACGUGGGGGUGAAUCAUGUCGAACAUACCCGCCAUGCUUCCUAACGAAGCAUCCCUCAUGUCGCAGGCUGCAGCCGCGCAGCAGCUAAAUCGCUCCUGCGAAUCGUGUCGGGGUUUGAAAGUUCGCUGUCUGCCCGACCCCUCGACGCCAAACCAAUGCCAACGAUGCGCCAAAGCGAACAGGCCCUGUAUUUUCGUGGCGCCCCAGAGGCGGCGACCGCGUAAGCGGACUGAUUCUCGGGUCGCUCAGCUAGAGAGGGAAAUGCGACAGAUGCGUUCUCUGCUCAAGGAUCGGCUACGUGCGGACGACAGCAGUGCGGAAAGCGUAGACAGUGAAAGUUCGCGGGAGCCUGAUCCAGAGCCGGAUUUCAACGAGCCUAUGCCUGCGAACACCGAUCCCCCAAGCAGUGCAUCCGGAUCGACCAGGCACAUGGAUAUGUCGCCCAGCUUCCCGUCAGCCUCUUCGUAUUCAAAUAUCGCAUUUGACGGCAGCGUCGUCGCCGGACCGGUUUCCAAUCCGGUCCCAAUCCCCUACCCACUCGAAGCAAUACCGGAGAGAGAUGUUAUCGACCGGGGGCUGCUCUCACUGGAGUAUGCCACCGAACUGGUGGCCUUUUUUGUCACCGAGCUGACGGCGUUUGCUCCGAUCGUCGUAUUGCCCCCGGACACAACCGCCUCGCAGCUGCGUUGCUCGAAGCCAGUGCUCUUUCUGUCCGUGAUCGCCGCCGCGGCCGUUGCCCUGGACGCCAACCUGGCGACGAUACUCAACCGCGAGCUUAUCCGGAUUUAUGCAGAGCGAUUUUUCAUCAACGGCGACAAGUCUUUGGAGCUUGUCCAAGCGCUGUUGCUCAUGAUCGUCUUCUACUAUCCGCCAGAUUCGCCGUUGAAACUCCAAUUCUAUCAAUACACCCACAUAGCUGCCACGAUGGCUUUAGAAAUUGGGUUGGCCUCGAAGCGCCGCGUGCCCCAGAACCCCAAUCGCAAGUCGAAUAAAAAGGUCGCAUACGACGAGCAGAUGGCGGAACAAGCGAGGACAGUGUUGGGUUGUUACCACUUAACGUCCAUUGUUGCGAUGAAGACGCGCCGGCCAAAUUUGCUUCUUUUCAACGACUGGAUGGAUGAGUGCGUAAAACAUCUGAGUCGCUCACCGAAUGCGAUAGAUAGACACCUGGCCACCAAGUUCGAACUUCAAAGAAUAGUUGACGAAGCAAUGACGUCCUUUGGGCUCGACGACACAAGCUCGACUGCUCCGCUCACAGAGUCGCGCCUCCAGGCCAUCCUGAGGUGGUUUGACAAUCGUAUGCAGUCGUGGAAGAAAGGGCUGUCUAUGGACAUGAACACAGUCCCCAUGAAUUUCGAGUAUCACUAUACCAAUCUUGCCAUAUAUGAGCUCGCCGUUGGUGAAGGCUACCGAGACCCUGAUGCGAUAAAACAGCAGUAUUAUACCCUUCCGUCACCCGACAGCAACGACAGGUCGCCCAGCACGCCAAUGAGUGCCAUUCGCGUAGACAUCACCAUCAAAUGGAUGAACGCAGCCCAUGAGAUGCUCGAUUUUUAUCUCAACUGCGACACGGAUAUGCUGCGCAAGAUCCCGAACCUGAUUUAUACGCGAGUGGGGGUAGCUGUCAUGUCCCUGCUCAAGAUCUACCACUCCGUGAGAUCAGAUGCGCUGGGCGAGUUUGUGACCGCCGAGACCGUAAAUGUGGACAAAUAUCUAGAGGCGAUGACCCGGCGACUAGCUGAGGCCAGCUGUGGUCAGAAGUACAAGAUCCCCAGUCGAUGGUACUUUGUCGUUGCCGUGAAAGCUCGGAAUUGGUAUGAUCGCGUCCAGCAGCAGUACAUGCACAGACAUGCCGGGUACGUUCCUCAGAUGAGCGCUGGCCCCCCGGUAUCUCAGGGCCAUGUCCCGACACAGAUUGCGCUGCAGUUCGACCCGUCCCAGGCGACCGUGUCGCUUGGAAUGAAGGCGGAGGAGUAUUCCUCGGUAACUGCCUAUCAGACGAUGGGCGCAAGCUAUGGGGUCCAGGCAGCAACGGACCGGAUGUGGCCGCCGGAUCAGAGCUUUCACCCCAUGGUCAGCGUGAAUCAGUACGCCGGCUAUGCGCCUCCCAUCUUGCCGUCUCAGUAUAUGUACGAGACACAGCAGAGAACGCCGCCCGACAGCGGCCCGCCGGGCAAUCCUUCGCCUCCACGGACGGGCAUGGAGCUGGAUGAAUGGAUUCCGGACGGGAGUAUCUUUGCGAUGCCUAGCUUGCCUGGAUUUUAGCGGGCGGGAGGAUAAAUGUCGGAAGGCA